AUGAAUCGCAAGACCAGUGUGAUUUGGGAUUAUUUCACAGUAAUUGAAAGUGAUAAAGCUAAGUGUGGAUUUUGUAAAACAGUGCUUAAAUUUAAUCAAUCUUCGACAACUAAUUUAUUAAGACAUAUAAAAUCUAAACAUCCAACAACUGAUUUGUCCAAACGUUCAAGACCUAAUUUUGAUGUAGAAGAAAAUAACCCAGAUGAUCCUUCUAGUAAUAAUGGCAAUCCAUCAGCAUCAACAUCUUCUAAUUUUGGAGUCGUAUCGACUGCAACAUAUAAUAAAGAUAGAUAUCCUCUUCUUAAUCGCCAGCCGUCAUCAUCAAUUCGUCCACAGCAAUGUCAAAUUUCUAAUUAUUUCAGCAAACCAGUAACUGCAUCAAAAAGGCAAUUAAUUGACCAACAGGUAAUUAAAAUGAUAGUUAAAGAAUAUUACCCCUUUAGUAUCGUUGAAGAUGUUGAAUUUAUAAAGCUGGUAAAUAUGUUGAACCCUGGUUAUUCCCUUCCCUCUAGGAAAACCCUUUCAACAUCAUUAUUGUCUGUUCUUUAUAAUCAAAUAUACAAAAAAGUCCAAGCAGAUAUUGAAGUUAAUGCACAGUAUGUUGCCUUAACUACAGAUGCGUGGACAUCACUUAAAAAUGAGAGUUAUACGGCAAUUACUGUACACUUCAUAGAUCAGAACUGUGAAUUAAAAUCAUAUUUACUUUCAUGUGCAAAAUUUCCAAUGAGACACACAAGUGAAAAUAUUAAAAACUGUCUUCAAAAUAUUGUAAGUCAAUGGGGUUUAAAAUAUAAAAUAGCAGCUUGUACUACUGACAAUGCUUCAAACAUAAUUUCAGCGAUUCAGCAAUGUCAGUGGAGACAUGUUUCAUGUUUUGCCCAUAGCCUUAAUCUUAUUGUUCAAUCUUCUCUGGAACAAAUCAAAGAAACUAGAGUUAAAGUUAAAAGCAUUGUCGAGUACUUUAAAAAAAGUACACUCGCCACUGAAAAAUUGAAACAAAUGCAGGAGCAAUUAGGUUACUCUCCAGUCCAUACACUUAUACAAGACGUAGUCACCCGUUGGAAUUCUACGUUUCAUAUGUUUCAACGGUUUUUUGAAUUGAAAACUCCAAUACUGUCUUCCUUAGCAGAUCUUAAUUAUGAUGUCAGUUUAACUUCAGAUGAUUGGCAGAUAAUAAGUAAAUCUUGCGAUAUUCUGAAACGAUUUGAAGAAAUAACUCUUGAAAUGAGUAGUGAAAAAGGAGUAACAAUAUCUAAAACUAUUUUAUUUACCCAGGCUUUAAUUAACUUUUGUAACAAACUAAUGACCCAACAUCAGUCAAUUCCAUGCAUAGACAACUUUAUACAUAAAUUAACUGAAGAAACAAAUAAGAGAUUUGGUCACUUAGAAAAAGAUAUGCUGUUAGCUGAGGCAACAUUUUUGGAUCCUCGGUUUAAAAAAUAUGGAUUCAAAAAUCAUUUUGCUUUUCAAGACACCAAAAGAUCUAUUGUCAAUAAAGGAAAAAUUAUAAUAAGUGAAAAAAAUGUACAGCAACGUAACUUGACAACUUACCCGAUACCACCGACAGCGAGUAAUAAAGAAGAUUCAAUUUGGAACGACUUUGAUUUGGAAGUUACUGAUAUAGUUCAGUCUCAGGAUCCAAAAGCGUUGAUGAUUAUCGAAAUAGAUAAGUAUCUUCAAGAACCUUUAAUUGCAAGAUCAAACGAUCCAUUAAGAUGCACUGAAUCGAUUCAAUCGGUUCAUCUAGCUGAAUCAAUUCAGUGA